AUCUUGGCUAUAUACUGUCUGAUGCGUAUUGUGGAGGUCCAAUUUACCUAUCUUCUGCAGACAAAUUUUUUAUUGUAACGUUGGUAAAAUCGGUGUGUUAUUCUCGGAUGAAAUUCGGAGAUGGAUCUCUUUCGGUCUCUGAUGCUCAUAACUGUCUUGGUUUCAGUGGAUUUCACAGAGGGCCAGUCUGAUUUCAGCAGCGAAACCAUAACAGAGGUUCAAUCGUUCAGUUUUGGAGAGUCUUUGACGAUCGUAUCACCAAACUAUCCAGACUCCUAUCCAAAUAAAGCCAACAUUCAAUGGCUUGUUUCUGGACCAAUAGGCUACCAGGUCAUGGCUGUUUUUAGUGCUUUUCAUCUUGAAGAAGGUUAUGACAACGUAGAGAUCGGUUCGGGUCUAGACUCUGGAGCAUCAGUACUGGCUACUUUCUCAGGUUCAGAUCUUCCUUGUGUCACGGUCUCGAGUGACAAUGAGAUGUGGUUGUCAUUUGUCUCCGAUUCGUCUGUCACUUAUACAGGAUUUAAUGUGACCAUCAGCGUUUAUACUCCCUCGAAUUCUUCAGGUAUCAUUGAUUCGCAUAACGUGAUGAUGACUUUCUGUGACAGUGUCCUCUCUACGUCAUCAAGCCCUGAUCCUGAGGUACAAUCUUUCGGUUUUGGAGAGUCUUUGACGAUCGUAUCACCAAACUAUCCAGACUCCUAUCCAAAUAAAGCCAACAUUCAAUGGCUUGUUUCUGGACCAACAGGCUACCGGGUCAUGGCCGUUUUUAAUGCCUUUCAUCUUGAAGAACGUCAUGACCACGUAAGGAUCGGUUCUGGCCUAGAGUAUGGAGCAUCAGUACUGACUACUUUCUCAGGAUCAGAUCUUCCUUGUAUCACGGUCUCGAGUGACAAUGAGAUGUGGUUGUCUUUUGUCUCCGAUUCGUCUGUCACCCAUUUAGGAUUUAAUGUGACCAUCAGCGUUCACACUCCCUCGAACUUUACAGAUAUCGUGGGUAAUAGAACCUAUUCUUCAUCAUCCCAUGACGGCAUGAAUAUGAGUUUCUGUGAAGAAGUCCUCUCUGCGCCAGGCCCAGUCUUUAACGUUUUCUAUUCGGAAACCUGCAUUGAGGAAUCGUGUUUUGGUGGUGGAGAGACAGUUGUAUGUAGAUGCGAUGAUAUUUGUCAGUUCUUUGGCGAUUGCUGUCCAGACUACCCUGUCCUUGGCAAGACUCCAUCAAACGAGACAUCUUCCAACGAGACUUCAUCAAACAAGACUCUUACGAAUGAAACCAUCCUUGAGGGUACUCUGUUAGACCUCAAUGUUUGGAAGUGCAUCGAUGAUUCCUUUCUUCCUCAAUCUCAUCCAGAUCUUCAACAUGGGUAUCGGAUGGUCGCGAGAUGCCCUUCGGAAUGGUCUUUAGAUGAGGAUGUCAAACAAAAGUGUGAAGAGGUUAAUCCCAAUGUGACAACAAAGGUAUUUUACAUUUACGAGGAUAUCUACUUUAAAAAUCUCGGUUGUGCUACUUGCCAUGGAUAUGAUGAAAGUGCGUUGACUUCCUUUACCAUUUCAUCAGACCAGUUUUGUAUGUGGAGAAAUGAUACCCUUGACUGUUUUUCGCCAGUGCCGCCAUUACAGUCAAAUGCUUCUAGAAAUAGCAGCGAAUCGAUUGAAGAUUUUAUGAUUACCUUUAAUUAUAUCCCGAAACCUCGUCUUUGCCUAUUGAAUGCAACUGAAACGUGUCCGAACGGAACAGAUGAAAAUGUAUCUCUUGAAUGUCAGUACUAUCAGAUGCCAAUCAUCGGUGACGGUAUCAUACAUAAGCACCCGUCUUGUAGUCAUUGCAGUGGAGGUCCCCUGCUCGAAUGUCCGUUUGAUAUUAUCGAUAUGAGAGGCAUCACGAUAGAUAUUGGUUAUGAUCCUAUAAUGCCAAUUGAACUAGAUCUCGGGAUCAUUGACAUAUUUAUCCAUCCUGAACCUAUCUUAACCAUCAAAUGUACAGAAGGAUUUGAAUUAGAUCCCAAUGGUAACUGCGUCCAAAUAUUAUCGGACUGGCCAGUCUGCCAAUCUGAAAAUUUUACCAUCGAUCAACUUAAAGGAGCAGUAGAUUGUUUAGCAGAUGUCGCUUGCUUUAGGGACAUCAUGUUAGAUAAUAGAUCAGUAUCUUUAAUCAAUCAUCAACCACCUUGCCUAUUAAAGUCAUCGACAUACGUGGAUAAUGAUAGGAUAUCAUUCAGUUUGAAUUACAGAGAUAACAUAGAUCCAUCGAUCGAUGAACGCUUGAUAGAGAGAGAUAUUAUGCUUCUUCUUCAAACUCACAGGAGUGAUGAUUGCAAAAAUGUAGAGAUAUCCGUGAGUCAUUCAUGUUACGUCGAAGAAAGUACUGAAAACACAACAUACGAAUGUCAAAUGGAAAAUAUGUUUGUUGGACACUAUUCGGACCUGAUGCCUUCCCUUAUCAAGAAUGAGUCUUUUAUUUUCCUCAACGGAUCUUAUAUCCGACCCACGUGGUGGAGCAACAUCACCAACAUGCAGCUUGGUGAUGCCAAUGUCUCAUUCCAGUAUCAAUUUAACAUGUGUGGGAGUGAGGUAGCUCUACAAACCUGUCCUUUCUUAACGGUUUCGAACGAUUCCAUUCAAUGGAUUGACCAAGAUAACCGAUCGGUUAUGGUCCAUGAGGAUCAGAUGUACGACAUCGAGGACAUUCUUAUCAAUCCCGAUGGUUCCAUCAAUAUUUGCUAUGAUCAUCAUGUCACACCAAGAAGGACAUUGACUAUCCUUGGACAUGUUCUCUUUGCGAUAUCAUCAGUGUGUCUUUUGGCCACGUUGAUAACUUACAUUGCCUUCUCUACCUUGCGGAACCGCCAGGGUGUCUCCAUAAUGAAUUUCAUAGUUGCCUUGUUCUUCGGACAAAUCUUGCUUCAGUACGUCCGUCUUUCGGUAUCUGGGUUAGUAAUACCUUGUAUAGUCGUCGCUGUAUUGUCCCAUUUCUUCUUCCUCGCUUCUUUUGUUUGGACGACGAUUCUCGCCUGGGACCUGAGUCGAAGCUUCGCAGCAAGUAACAUGAAGACGUUUUCGUCGAGCUCUUUUGGUGGUAAAAUGAUCGCCUUUCUCGUUAUUGGAUGGGGUACACCACUCCUGUUUGUCUUCAUUACUAUAUUACUUCAGUUCGGAGGAUUUCAGAAUGGUCCUCUAUUGGAAUACGACAGUACCAGAUGUUGGCUUGCCACAUUAUCUAGCAUAGUGAUGUUCUUUGUUCCAAUGUCUAUCUGUCUCCUGGCUAAUCUCGUAUUGUUCAUCAUCACUAUACACGGGGUUCAUUCUAUCAAGAAGACAACAUCUAUGCUGAAAGCUGGCCAGGACUCUCAGCUCAAACAGUGGGCUGUAGAACUCCGAAUAUAUAUCAAGAUCUCAGCUCUUCUUGGAUUCACCUGGUUGUUUGGAUUCUUAAUGAUGGUUGUCAGAGUGCCAUUCACAGAGUAUCUCUUCAUCAUCGUCAGCGGCUUCCAAGGUGUCUUCAUCUUUCUUUCUUUCGGUGCCAACAAACGCGUGAAGAAGCUCUGGCGAACGACCAUGCGAAAUUCGACGCUCUGGACUACCCUCUCCAGAAGGGACUAUUCCAAAGGGCAAAGCAGUUCUGGUCAGCACCACGCCGGACACAACACUUAACUUUUAUUUUAUUAUUUACAAGGGAAGCUCAAUUACUUAUAAACAUUAUAACAUGAACUUUAUAAAGAUCUUUUCCAGUUUUUAAUUCUUGCCUGUUGAAUGUUGAUUGCUGUGUAUACUGUUCAAUGCUGUUGGUCAUGGACCUCAUAAUAAUCAUCGAAGAAUGUAAUUACAUUUGAUUAUAUAUGUAUAUAAGGUAACACACACGUUUAUGCUUUUAUCAAUUAUUUCGUUUUAAUCUGCCUGAAAUCAAAAAUACAUGUAUAUAUAGGCCUAGGUAUUUCAGUAGAAAAAACACGCAAUAUUAUGCUCUCUUCAAAAUGUGAUGUAAUGAGAUUCUAUCUUUUUUUUCUUUCAUGUUGAACAGCGAUUAUAAGUUGAAGAAGCAGAAUAGUGUAUAUGCACAAUGAUAGAAUGAUUACCUUUAAAAAAGGAAAAGGAGAAUAGAAGCGUAUCUAGGACACACGGCGCCUGGGGUAAGUGCUAAAAUCGCGUCCAUUUCAAAGUGUGAUAUAUACUACUCUUAAUCACACGACCAGUCAAAAUAAAACAUAAUAUCAAUGAGGGUGCGAAUCAUUUUCAGUAUUAAGACGUUAAGACGGAAUAUUCUUAGUUGGUUUGGGGAAUCAUAAACAUCAUCUAACGAAACAAUGAAUGCGAUCGCGAAGCACUAGCUGAAAAUUAUUGAUAUUCAGAUCUGAAAAUGGAACAUUUAAAAAUACCCUUUUUAGGAAUUUAUAAUAGAGAUGAUACGUAUCUCAUUAAACUAAUCGACCGAUAAUACGAGGGCGAAGUGCGAGACCUUUUUUUUUUCAAUUUUGAGAUAUUAAGAUCUCAAAAUUAUUGAUAUAGCUGAAA